AUGGCCAACAAGGUCAUACGACAGCCUAGAAAAGGAACUAGCGAACAGGAAGUCCCAGCUCUGUCGAUGGCUGGACGCAUUAACGCCAAGGAUAUGGGUAGUAACUACAAGCCAGAGCACAAGACUGUUACCAAAACUACCAAGCAAGAAGAAAACUCAUCAUUACCCAAUUAUCAAUUGUUUGAAGUAUUUAUGACCAAGAUAAGGACGUAUUUGCCUGAUUCAAGUCAUGAAGUGAUUCGAUCGGCGACUGAAUUGGCCGUUGAAUACUUGAGCAAGCCUGACUUGAGCGUGGUGAAAAAGAGAGAGGAAUUGGAGGAGUUACUCUCAGCAAAAGUCGACGAUGUCGAUUUGAAUGUAUUGAUCAAUUUAACCGAUAAGAUGAAUGAACUAAACUCUGUUAAACAAGAUGACAACGAGAAUGAAUAUAUUGCUGUGGAUUUCGAUAGCUCCGACGAGGAACAAGGACAGGCGGACGUCGAAGUCGAGGUCGAGGAAGACGAGGAGCAACCAGAAGGGGAACAAGAAGUAAUAGAAUUGCCCGAGGUAUCAAAAGACCCAGAAGUUGUGAACAUAGCUUGGCUAGAACAAGAAGUUCUCAAGGCAUCAAAAACUCAUGAGCUUUCCACAUCAGCAGAAUUGCUACUUUCAGAUACUAUAAGAUUACUUUCCGAUGUGGAACUUACUGUGAACGAGUUGGAUAACUCCUUGAACGAGGUUUUCGAAUAUGAAUGUUCAGAUCUUAUUGUUAAAUGCAUUGAAAAUCGUUGGAGAAUAGUCUUUACCAAGAAGUUAUCCGAAGCAACUUCCGAAGAAACAAGACAAGAAAUCUACCAAGAAAUGGAAGCACUACAUCUUGAACAACUAGCAUCUGAACUUGAAGACAAAAAGAGAUCAGCAUUUGACGAUGAAGCAGAAGUGACUUCAGUUAAGCGAGUCAAGCAAGGCAAGAGGAUACCGCAACGAAUCAGCUUGGAUAAAAUCCAGUUCAGCACUUCAGUAGAAGGAACCAAGGUCAUCUUGCCAAAGGGUUCAUUCCAACAAAACAAGAAAUCGUAUGAUAUAAUCACUGUCCCUCCCGUUGAACAAGCACCACAAACCGAAGAUCUCUUGCCUAUAAAUCUGCUUCCAGAUUGGGCCAGGGAUGCAUUCCCCAGUAAUGAAACUACUACAUUUAACAGGAUCCAAUCCAAAAUCUUUCCUCAAGCCUUUGAAACUGAUAACAAUUUGUUGAUUUGUGCACCUACAGGUGCAGGUAAAACCAAUGUGGCCAUGUUGACGAUAUUAAGGACAAUCAGCAACUUCAGAACCGAAGCAGGUCGCAUAUUGCUUAAACAAUUCAAAAUCAUCUACAUUGCGCCUUUGAAAGCGUUGGUCCAGGAACAAAUGAGGGAAUUCCAAAGAAGGCUCACCUCAUAUGGACUCGUAGUCAAUGAAUUAACUGGUGAUCUGACAUUAUCAAAACGACAAAUAUUGGAAACUCAAAUAAUUGUAACCACUCCUGAAAAAUGGGAUAUUAUAACCAGAAAGGACCCCAGCUAUAUAAGCUUGACUAGAUUAAUCAUUAUUGAUGAAAUUCAUUUGUUGCAUGAUGAAAGAGGGCCAGCAUUGGAGAAUAUCGUUGGUCGUACCUUACGCAAGAGCGAAACUACAGGGAACCAAGUUCGAUUAGUUGGUCUUUCAGCUACCUUACCCAACUAUGCCGACGUUGCUAAAUUUAUCCAAGUUCCCGAAGAAGGGUUGUUCUACUUUGAUGCAUCAUUCAGACCAUGCCCUUUACAACAAGAAUUUGUGGGGAUUAAAGAGAGGUCAGCAAUCAAAAAAUUGAAUGCCAUGAAUGAAGCAUGUUUUGAUAGGACUCUCAACAGUCUUGAACGGGGUCAUCAAUUGAUUAUCUUUGUUCAUUCAAGAAAAGAAACGUACACCACAGCUAAAUACCUCAUGGAUAAAAUGGCCAGUCUGGAAGUUAACAUGGUUGAUACAUUAGGAGUCAAGGAAAUUCUCAAACAAGAAGGUGAAUCCAUGUCUAAUAAACACUUGAAGGAAAUUAUCCCAAAUGGGUUUGGGAUCCAUCAUGCCGGGUUGUCGAGAAAUGAUAGAAACGUGGUUGAGGAUUUAUUCGCUCUGGGUCAUUUACGAGUAUUGGUAUCUACUGCUACCUUAGCAUGGGGUGUCAACUUACCUGCCCACACAGUCAUUAUCAAAGGUACAGAAACGUAUUCUCCUGAAAUCGGUACCUGGGUCCAAUUAUCACCGCAAGAUAUAUUGCAAAUGUUGGGUAGAGCAGGUCGUCCAAGGUAUGACAAGAAUGGUGAAGGUAUCAUCAUAACUUCUCAAGAUGAAAUCCAGUACUAUUUGGCUAUUUUGAAUCAACAAUUACCUAUUGAAUCUAAAUUGAUUAGUAAGCUUGUUGAUAGUGUUAAUUCAGAAGUUGUGUCAGGAUCUAUAACAACUUUGGAGGAAGGUAUUGAAUGGUUAAGUUAUACCUAUUUCUUUGUGAGAAUGUUACAUUCGCCAGCAUUGUAUGGUAUCGAAGCUGAUUAUGACUUCAAAGGUGAUCCUACAUUACACAAUAGACGUGCUGAUUUGAUAUACACUGCUUUGGCUAUACUUCAUGAGAACAAAUUAGUAAUGUUUGAACUGGAAACUGGGCUAGUGAAAUCAACUGAAUUGGGGAAGAUCUCAUCAUAUUACUACAUCAACUACGAAACGAUCAAUUUGUAUGGGAAAAUGUUGAAACCAUGGUAUAAUGAGAUUGAUAUAUUACGAGUGUUUUCAAACUCGGGAGAAUUCAAGUACGUCCCAGUAAGGCAGGAAGAGCGUCUCGAAGUUAGCAAACUUAUGGAAAAGUGUCCUAUUCCGAUCAAAGAGCAACCACAUGAAGCAGUUGCAAAAAUCAAUAUCCUUUUACAAACUUACAUUUCCCGAUUGGCGUUGGAAGGGUACGCGUUGAUUUCGGAUAUGAUUUACAUCACCCAAUCAGCUGGUCGUUUAUUGCGUGCUAUAUAUGAGAUUUCACUUCUUAAGAAAUGGUCAGGGUUAUCCAAGAUUGUGCUUGAUUUGUGUAAGAUGGUGGAUAAGCGAAUUUGGUUAAACAAUUCUCCCUUGAGGCAAUUUGGUAGUUUGGUGCCUGAUCAAAUUAUCCGAGCUACAGAAAUGUCACACUUACCGUGGAAUAGAUACUUUCAGUUGACUGUCGAGGAAUUGGCAGAAGCGAUAAAUUUGAAAGGUAAUGCCAAAGUUGCUAGUGAAUUUAUCCAAGCAUUCCCAAGAAUAUCCAUUCAAUAUUUUGUGCAGCCAAUAAGUUCCAAAUUUUUACGUGUACAGAUUGAAGCAGUGCCUGAAUGGAGCUGGAUGUCGGUUCACGGAAGCCAAGAAAUGUUUAUGGUUUUCUUGGAAGAUUGUAAUGGGAAUCAAUUGUUGCAUCAUGAAGAGUUUGUAGUUAAACAGCAAAAUAUCAACAAGGUUCACGUGGUUGAAUUUAUUGUGCCAGUUAGUGAACCAUUGAUUCCUAACUUUGUUGUUUCUUUUAUAAGCAACAAAUGGGUGAAUUGUAAUUGGAAAGUGCCUAUCAUGUUAACAAAUGUGGAAGUCCCCUCACUAUCCCUGUAUUAUUUGGAUAACAGUGAUGUACAAUUAGUGCUGACUAAAGACUUAAAGAAACAAGAGUUUAUUGAUUUAUUUCCAUUUACAUUUUUCAAUAAAGUUCAAUCAGCCACUUUCGACGUGGUAUACCACACCAAUGAAAACGUGUUUAUUGGGUCUUCUAAAGGUGACGGAAAGACAGUUUGUGCUGAACUUGCAAUCUUGAAUCAUUGGAGACAAAACAAAGGAAGAGUAGUCUAUAUUAAUCCAAGCACAGAGAUCAUUGACGAUAAUCUCAAAAAAUGGUCUAAUUCAUUCGAUGUAUUUGAAAAGCUGGUUAAUAAGUUGACAGGAACACUUCGUCAAGAUAUUGCAAUUUUGAAUGAAAGUCAUUUGGUAUUGGCCACGCCGGAACAAUUCGCCAAUUUGUCCAAACGUUGGAAAACCAAGAAAUCAUUUAAAUCAAUCGACUUGUUAAUCUUGGAUGAUAUCCAUUUCAUCGGCUCACUUCCAACUUAUGAGAUACUUGUAUCAAGAAUCAGAAUGUUGACUUCUCAAUGGGAUAAUAUGUUACGUAUUGUUGCAUUAGCCAGCCCCGUGGCCAACUGUCGUGAUUUAUGUGAUUGGAUCGGAGUGGGCAAGUCUAAUGUGUUUAACUUUCCUCCUCAAUCGAGACAGAACUCUAUUAGUGAGAUUAAAUUGAGUCCGGAAGGCAGCGUGGUUCCAAUUGUAAAGAUUUACAAAGAGUUGAAGCGAUUGAACGUUGGGUUGAGAAAAUCAGUGAUAUUCGUGCCCACGCGAGUGAAAGCUUUGGAAUUAGCAAGACAGUUGUUGGAUUAUAUGGCUGGCUCCCAUGACUGGAGACGAGUUGAUUUGUUAAAACUUGAAAAGUACAUUGAAAAAGUUGAAGAUAACACAUUGAGGGAAUUACUUGGACGUGGUAUAGCAGUUUACUUUGAGAACAUGUCACGAGUAGACAAGCUUAUCGUGGAGAAAUUAUUUGAAUCAAACUCAAUAGGAAUACUCAUUGCAACCAAGAAUACUUGUAAAUACGCCCCUCAUGGUCAUAAUUUGUUGGUGGUGGGCACGCAAACCUAUGAUGGGUAUGAGCAUCGAAACGUGGAUUGCAAUUCUAAUGAAAUAUUUGAAAUGGUUGGAUGUUGUCAGGAUGAUUUGGCAAACGAAGGUAAAGUCCACAUAUACACUGAAAAUAAGACGAUUGAAUUUUAUGGGUCGUUAUUAAAUGAUGGGUUGAUUGUAGAAAGUUUGUUGCUUUCUUCGAUUAGUGAAUUCUUUAUGGGUGCGAUUUCCAACGGAGUCGUCAGAAGCAAACAAGAUUGUAUUGAUUUAUUGACGUUUAGUUAUUUCUACAGGAGAUUGGUGAAGAAUCCAGGAUUCUACGAAUUAAAGAAUGCCACUAGUUUAGGGGUUUCUGAGUACUUGUCUGAGUUGAUUGAGAAUGCUAUUGAAGAGUUGGAAAAGAACGAGUUUGUUGAGAUUGAACAGGACGAGGAAGAGGAAACAAUAUUGCCAUUGAACAAGACGAUAAUUGCGUCUCAUUAUAGUAUUUCUUACGAGACUAUGAAAUUGUUUGGAAGUCUUACCAGCAAGAGCAAACUUAAGGAUAUUCUUUUAAUCAUUACCAGUGCUUCAGAGUUUGAAAGUAUACCGGUUAGAGAAGAAGAUGGCAAUGUACUUUCCCGACUUGGACAGAAGGUCCCAAUCAAACUCAAUGGAGAGCACGACAUUGAAUCGCCGUUAUACAAGAGUUUCAUAUUAUUACAAAGUCACAUUUCUCGGAUUGAGGUACCUGCAGAGUUAGCACAGGAUAGAAAUACCGUUGUGACUAAAGUAUUGGAUAUUCUCAACGCCUGCAUCGAUUGUCUUUCAGGCGAAGGGCACUUGAAUGCACUUUUAGCCAUGGAUCUUUCCCAAAUGAUUAUUCAAGCUGUUUGGAGUACAGGUGCAGGCAGUGCCUUACGACAAAUACCAUACUUCGACGACGCUAUCCUUGCCCGAUGUGAAAAGCAUAAUGUGGAAACAGUUUAUGAUAUCAUGUCGCUUGAAGACGAAGAAAGAGAUGAAGUAUUACAACUAGAAGGAGAUCGAUUAAACAGCGUUGCUAAUUUCGUCAAUCAAUAUCCAAACAUUGAAAUCAGUUAUGAGAUGGAUACAGCAACACCCUGUGUUGCUAACGAACCCAAGGAAAUCACCAUCAAGAUUGAGCGAGAUGAAGAAAUGGAGCUGUUGCAAGUUGUGUGUGACAAAUACCCUAGUGCUAGAGAAGAAGGAUGGUGGUUGGUUAUUGGAGAUGCUCAGUUACGUCAGCUUUACGCUAUUAAACGAGUAAGCCUAGGACUUGAGAGUCAAAAUUUUACUCUUGAGUUUACAGUGCCUACUAAGGGGAAAGCCAAUCUCACUGUGUGGAGCAUUUGUGACUCGUACAUUGAUGCUGAUAAGGAGAUUAACUUUGAUAUAGAAGUUGUAUAG